UCUGACCGCCAGUCACGAUCUAAGGUGCCCUCCGGUGUGCCACAUUCGUUAGCAGAGUCGUUUUUGCUGCUUUUAAUCACUAAUUAUUUUGUUUAGUUUGCUCUCCCAUUCUUCCCGUUUACUACUGACAACGGGCUAACUAGUGACCUAGUAGUACUACUUGUUGUUGUAUGUAAUUAGUUGCGUCCUGCCCGAGCAGCCAGCUGGUCGUUAGUCAGCAAUUGCACGUGAAUCCCCGCACCGAGUGGGUGACAUAGUGUGCGACAUCACUCCCCAGCGAUAACAUUCCUCGUGUUUGCCGCACUAUUGAAUAGUUUUGCACGGAUUUGUAGCGGCGCGCCGGUGGCCAAGGUCAUCGGUAGAUGUCAAGUGGCAGCGAGUGCAAAUUUUCGAGAUUGUUUGUGAAACAUUCGAUACCCGCAGUUUUGUUGCGAGUGUUUGGUGCUCGUCUGUUUGUGAACGUUUUGGGAACCUUGCAGCAAACGCCCGGGUUGCUGGUGUUUAUUGGAAAGGAGACGUACGGUGUUUGGUUUAUCCAGAUUUGGGAAUUGGAAAAUUGAUUGGCUUCAACGGUUUUCCUGAACAAUAGAAGAAAUGGCCGAUAAGAAGGAGGGUGAAGAGGGUCCUAUGCACUUGAAGCGUGGCUCCACGGAGAAGCUGCGUGAAAUCUUCAACAAAUAUGCCACACAAGAAGUCAACGGUGAGCUGUUAAUGACCAGCGAGGAUUUCGUUCGGGGUUUCCUAGGACAAUCAUACAAUGAGGAUUCGAUUACGCUGUUGGCCGGUAUCGCGGACACCAGCAAGGAUGGACUGAUCUCGUUUGCUGAAUUCCAAGCGUUUGAAGGUCUGCUAUGCACACCGGACGCUCUGUACAAAACCGCUUUCCAGCUGUUCGAUCGAAAUGGUAAUGGUUCGGUGACGUACAGUGAGUUUGUCGAUGUUUUCAAAAAGACAGAUCUGCACGCUAAAAUCCCGUUCAAACUGGACGGUCCAUUCAUACAGCUCUACUUUGGCAAGGACCGGCAGCGAACUAUCAACUAUGCUGAGUUUUCUCAGUUUCUUCAUGACUUUCAUGAGGAGUGCGCACUGGAAGCGUUUCGAAUGAAAGACACCUCUGGGUCUGGGUUUAUCUCGGCACUCGAUUUUCAGGACAUUAUGGUGAACGUGAAGAAACACCUACUCACGUCGGAGGUUAAAGAUAAUCUAGUAGCGGUCACAGAAGGACACAAAGUCAGCUUUCCGUACUUUAUGGCAUUUAAUUCUCUGCUGAAUAACAUGGAGCUCAUCAAACGGAUCUACCUUAACGCCACCGGAGGAAAUCGAACGGAACCCAUUACCAAAGAUGAACUGCUGCAGUCUGCACAAACUAUGAGCCAAAUCACUCCACUGGAAAUCGACAUCCUUUUCCAGCUAACCGGAGCAAUUCAUCAGACGGGGCGACUAGUGUAUGGCGAUCUCAGCAAUAUUGCACCGGAGCACUACAUCAAGCAUAUCACAACCCGGCUGACGGAGAUCAAAGCCGUUGAGUCCCCAGCCGAUCGGUCCAUCUUCAUCCAGAUGCUGGAAAGCACGUAUCGAUUCGCUCUGGGCUCCGUUGCAGGAGCCGUUGGUGCUACUGCCGUCUACCCGAUCGAUUUGGUUAAGACUCGUAUGCAGAAUCAGCGAACUGGAUCGUUCAUCGGUGAGGUGGCAUACCGGAACUCAUGGGAUUGUUGCAAAAAGGUCAUCCGCCAUGAGGGUUUCCUCGGUCUCUACCGAGGUCUGGUGCCACAGCUCAUGGGUGUGGCACCGGAGAAGGCCAUCAAGCUGACCGUGAACGAUUUCAUGCGCGAUAAGCUUACCGACAAACAGGGCCAAAUUCCACGUUGGGGAGAAGUACUCGCCGGUGCUUGUGCCGGUGGCUCUCAGGUCAUCUUCACUAACCCGCUGGAGAUUGUAAAGAUCCGCCUUCAGGUGGCUGGUGAAAUUGCGGGUGGUGCGAAGGUACGCGCCUGGACCGUGGUUCGUGAGUUGGGACUGUUCGGUCUGUACAAGGGGGCCCGUGCAUGCCUGCUACGUGAUGUGCCAUUCUCUGCCAUUUAUUUCCCGAUGUAUGCUCACACGAAAGCUGCCUUCGCCGAUGAACAGGGUUACAAUCAUCCGCUGACACUGCUGGCGGCCGGUGCCAUAGCCGGUAUUCCGGCUGCCUCGCUGGUUACACCAGCCGAUGUGAUCAAAACGAGACUUCAAGUGGUUGCCCGAUCGGGGCAGACCACCUACAAUGGGGUGCUGGAUGCAACCCGAAAGAUUAUGGCCGAAGAGGGACCACGUGCCUUUUGGAAGGGAACAGUUGCCCGAGUCUUCCGAUCAUCACCUCAGUUUGGUGUUACGUUAGUUACAUAUGAACUUCUACAGCGUAUGCUGUACGUAGACUUUGGCGGUUCGAGACCGGCGGGUUCGGAUGUGGCCAAGGCCAAGCAGGAGCUGUCGAAGGUGAAUCCAGAUCAUAUCGGUGGUUACCAGGCGGCACUUCCGAUGUUGAACGGAAUUGAGACCAAGUUUGGUUUGAGUUUACCGAGGUUCGCUUCUACUGUCAAGCUGCCUUCCAAUCAAGCCUCUUGAUAUGGACCGGGAAGUCUUUUCGGGAGGUUUACGGGACGAGGCCGAGCAGGCGAAGCUGGAGACGAAGGUAACAAACGGUGGAGUAACUUCUUUUGGUAGCAACACAAUUGGGUGCGCACGGUGUGAAUGAAUGAGAAUUGACGAACGCCAGUAGAGCGGGAGUAUUUAUUGAGAUGGAAGCGCGUGUGUGUGUUUGUUGUAAUGUAGAGAGCUACUGAGUAGGAAUUGAGGUUCCUAUGGAGGAUGUCGCACACCGUGAUAGAAUUUAAAGAAAUGUUAUAGACCGAGAUAGUUCUAUUUUAUUUGGCAAAGUUACGAUUCACCAUCGUUUGGAUUGAUUUAGUGAUUUUCGUUGUCAAUCAAUUGAGUGAGAUUAGCCGUUUUUUUUUAAAUGUUUUAAUUCGUAUAUUAGAAAUUUGACGUCUGAACUAAAAUAAAGUGCAUUUGUUCUUUGGCUAAGUGAUAA